AUGCACGAGAAAGCGCCGACUCGUGGAGAGCGCAGACAGGACACGCCCCUUUAUCGUUCCAAGCUGGCCGUGAAUCAGUUAUAAUUUUAUUCCAUUUGUUCAGACAUCAGAAAAAUCGAUGAAUGAAUCAUGGUAGAUCUGAAAAGUUUUUCUUGAGAUUCCAAGCUUUUCUAGGAGUUCAGGUUCUAUAAAUACUUGGAAUAUGUUAAUUUUAUUCUCUUUGUCAAAUAUAUAUGUAGACACUCUGGGAAGCUGCACAUGCAAAUUAAAUUCUGCGAUGAAGCUCUGUUUUGAAACUUUCUGCAGAAUGAAGAGUUCCGAAAUAUGGGAAAUGGUAAAUAUCUCUUUUUCCCCGUCUUCUUGGAGUCUACUCUUCGUCUGUUUUGACAUGAUAUGAUUUUUGAUAAGUGGAAAACCGAUUUACAAAUGUCUUGCUGCAAAAAAUAAGUUUCCAAGCCGCAAUAUAAAAUGAACUCCCUUCUAACUAGGGAACUACGCGAACUCGUAAUUGCUCGAUCGAGGCCAAACUGGAGUGGUUUAUAGACCCAAGUCAGAAUACUUGAAAAAAAGAGAGAAUAUCUGCAAAUCCCGAUAGAGAACUGUGAAAAAAUUAGACAAUUUUCAAACCCUAAAUGUACAUUUUCAAAAAGCUUUUUCUCAGAAGCCUAUGGGGUUUAGCAGAUAAUCUCUUUUGUUUCCGAGUACUCUUACCCGGGCCUAUAAGCCACCAAAGAUCCAACUCGAAACGCGUACCCGAGUCCGAGUAGUUCCCUAGUAAGUCUGGUUUACAGUAUCGACGAAUCUCAAAAACACCAUAACGAUGCUCUGAGAAUCACUGCUGAACUUCUUGAAGUAAGUUGAUUGAUCAAUGGAUUAUAGGCGAGAUAACUUUUGCUCAGAAAGUAACGAUUGAUACUGAUAAGCAAUUUCUUCGGAAGCUCCAGACAGUCUUGAUCAAGAACGCCCGCCAGGGCAACUUCCUCACACGGCCAUUCUUCACUGAAAUCGUUUAUCGACCAACUAUCAAAGUUUGAAUUUUUUGUGUUUUGUUUUAGGUUGAUGACCGCUUCUCCCAGUCGAUUCACGCCUACAACAAUAGUUUCGCUUGGGGAAAUUUUGAGGAAGCGUUUUAUCAUGUCGAAGAAAUGGAGGAACUUUUUUGCGACGGAUACGGAUCUAUGUUUUCAACAUUUUUUAAGAAAAUUUUCGAACUUUUUCAGAAUAACUGCGAAAAAUACUGUACGCGAAAUUCUAGACAGGCGGAAGAAGCUUAUUGACUUGACAACGUAA